CUUCCCUAGACCUUAUGUUAAUCAUCAUACAAGAUGUAAAGACAGAUAUGCUUGAAGUUAACCAAAAGAUCUUGAGUUUGGAAUCAGAGCAUGCAGUACUCCUAACACCACCAGAGGGAGAACAACUUAAACAGAAGUUAAAAGAAGAACUUUUAAAUUACAAGAACGAAUUGGUCAGGUUUAAGCAACAAAAAUUUGAAAGCGUUUAUCUAGAUUAUCAAGAACACAGAGUGUACAAAUGGCUGACUGGAGAUAACCAGCGUAAACCCCGGAGACAAGGCAAAUGA